CUAUUUUUAGUCUUAUACAGUACUGAAUAAAUCUCUGAUCUGAAAUUAACAUAUGUAAAAAGUGAACCUAAAAUUUUGGGUUUCAAAGCCUAUUGUGUUGGUUUUGUGAUAGUUUUUGAAUCGCGUGCUGUAGCUUCUAUAUCUGGAUCAGGAGUAUUUCCAAAUAGUAAUCCAAAGACAUGGAGCUGAAUAUGAUAAGUGUGGUCAUAUUUGCUGAACAUUUGAGGAAUCGGUUACUUUCUGCGAAACCCCCUCUUAUUAAAAGUCGACGGCAAUUGUUUCGAAGUUAUCCAAAUACUUUUGUUGGAAGUGAAGUUGUCGAGUGGUGGACGAAAGAAUGGAGGUCUGAAAAUGAAGAAAAAUCAGAAAAAAACAAUAACGAAGCGACGACGUCAGAAGACGCUUUUAAUAAUAAAGAAGAAACAAUAGAUAUUACAGAAGAACACAUUACUCAAGUCAUGCAGACAUUAGCUGAUUUUGGAAUUUUGCACAGUUUGCAUGGAGAAAUUCCAUUCAAAAAUGACAGUUCUUUGUAUCGAUUUACCACUGACGAUGGGUCGAGUUGUGGUCUGGUUGAAGCUUUAGUUAAAGGAAAACGGUUACACGAAACAACAACAUGUCCAAACUGUGCUCUGCUCCAACGUGUGUGCGAGUAUGGUGAAUUUAUUUCUGACCAAUGCAUGAGAGGAUCGGACUUGAUUGCUUGGACAAUAGAACAUGGACUUGCAACACAUAAAGACGACGCUAAUCGUUUAUGCAGACUUAUGUUUGAUCAUGGAAUAAUUAAACCAGCCUCUAAGCAAGUUACAGAAUUCACUGAUGGACGUCCUUUCUACCUCUUCGGAGUUUCUUAUGGCAGUCCUCCAAUGAUGUUACAGACUUUUGUGUCACUUUUAAAUUCAUCGUUUUCAAAACAGAUCGCAUCUACUAGUGCAAUAGAAAAUGGAGACAAUAAAAUUCAGCAUGUUAGGCAAUUGAGUGGUCAGUUACUUGAUCUGUCUGUACAAGAUUCAAAAGGUUUCAACAAAAGACGGAAAAACACGUCAAGCUCAUCUAUUGGAUCAGAUGAUUCUGGGUACAAUGAACAUGCAUUAGUUGUAUCAUCGAGUACCUCAACUUCGACCUAUACCUCGCUAUUAAAACAUGGUGGUAAAAUAACCGCAGAAGCACUAGCUCAUCCAGAUGCCCCUUUUACAAGAAGAGAGUUUAGGAUUUACCCUGACGCUGUAGGAUACGGCUUUAUAAUCAGAGGGUCAUCACCUUGUUAUGUCAAAAUUGUCGACCCUGAGUCCCCUGCAGGAAAAUCAGGCCUUAAGGCAUGGCAAUUUAUCACUGAAAUUAAUAAUCGUGAUGUGACGCGGAAAAAUCACACAGAAAUUGAAGAUUUAAUAUUAAAUGGGCCAAAGUGUUUAUUAAUGACAGUGAUGGUGCCUAAAAAUGAAUCAGAUUACUUGACAUUGCAGAAACAGAAUACAGAUUUGCGGAAGUUAUCUCAACCAGCUGACACGCAUAUUCCAAAGCCUGUGCUUUCUCAUUUAAGCAGCUCACUAGGUCUUCGUCGGCAAAGCGUCCCGGUCAGCACCCGUCCGACUAACUUGCCAAGUGCGCAGCCGUGGAUGAAAAAACAGCGAAAAGGUUCAGACUUUGGUGUAAUACUGAACAAUUCUAAUCUGAAAUAUAUUCACUGAAACACUGUUUUUGGUCGAUUGACAUUUGACUGUUCGGAUUUGUCUUGAAGAUAGUAUCAAUUUUAUUUGUCCGUACCAAAUGUUGACCAUAUUUUUAGUUUAAUGUCUUUCAA